UUUUGCCCUCCCUCCAUUUGCGUUGUCUGUUUUGGCAGACUCGGUCACUGUGUAUCACAGGGAUGAUGAUGAACAGUGGAGUAGAAUGGUAGAAUCUCUCGAUCGAUCGACCGCAAGGCCAGCUAUGGUGGAAAGAAUCGCUACCCAAAUGCCCGCGCUCACAUUUUAGGUGUUUAUUUUCCCAUUUGGAGGAGGGAUGAGGAAGAGGAGCCGAAGGAGGAGUGGCGAUUUUGGGCGUGGCAUGGGAUCUCGCCAGUGGCGGCGGCGAGCUUAGAUCUAGGCAGGGUCGCGGCAGGACGGAGCUAGAUUGCUGCUUGUCAUGGGUGUGAAGAUGCAUCGUUGCCAUCGACAGCGCCGUCGCUAUCAUCAUCAUCGGCGUCUUGUUCUUCGCCGGAGCUAGAGGAAUUUGGUUCCGGCGAUGGCAGAUCUUGCGAGAAAUGGGGCCGUGGAGCGCGACAUUGAACAGGCUAUCACUGCGCUGAAGAAGGGAGCCCAGCUCCUCAAGUAUGGGAGACGAGGAAAGCCAAAGUUUUGCCCAUUCCGGCUCUCCAAUGAUGAAACACACUUGAUAUGGUACUCUGGAAAGGAGGAGAAGAGUUUGCGGUUGAGCUCCAUCACAAGGAUUGUCCCCGGCCAGCGAACUGCCAACUUUCAGAGAUAUCCGAGGUUAGAGAAGGAGUAUCAAUCGUUCUCGCUCAUUUAUGGCAACGAUCGCUCGCUCGACCUGAUUUGCAAAGACAAGGACGAGGCCGAGGUGUGGUUCGUGGGACUCAAAGCUCUUGUCUCCGGGGGCCAGUUAUCACGCCUGCGAUUUGACUCGAGGAGCGAAUGCGGUCCUCCCUCGGACUCAAACAGCCCCGCGACGUGGUCCAGAAUCUCUCCAGCGAGCUCCCCGUUCGGAAACGUUGAUAAUCUUCCUCGCCAGGAUGGCCGAGAAGCUUUCCGCUUCCAAAGUCCAUACGGAAGUCCCCCACGCUACGCUCUCCAGCAACGCAGCUUCUCUCCGGGAGCACCAUCGCUCGACUCCUCCUCCAAACUCUUCCUAGAAAACGCCUCCACGGCGGGAUCUCUCCACUCGGACAUGAGCUCGGAGCCCGCCGCCAGCGUCCUCCACCUCCGCGGAGGCGCCGCCGCCGCCACCUCCGCCGCCAUCCCUCUCGACGCCAACUUUCGCGUGAGCAUGUCCAGCGCCGUGAGCUCGUCCAGCCAGGGGUCCGGCCAGGAAGAAGGCGACGCUCUCGGCGACGUUUUCCUGUGGGGUGAGAGCGUCGGCAGCGGCGAUGGUGGCAUCAAAACGGAUUCUUUGCUGCCCAAGGCGCUUGAGUCAGCGGUGGUGCUCGACGUUCACCACAUCGCGUGUGGAAACCGGCACGCCGCGCUGGUGACCAAGCAAGGCGAGGUGUUUUGCUGGGGUGACGAGAGUGGAGGCCGGCUGGGACACGGAGUGGACGUCGAUGUCGCGCAUCCCAAGCUCGUCGAGGCGCUGGCCACCACCAACACCGAGUUCGUGGCUUGCGGAGAGUACCACUCUUGCGCGGUGACGCUGUCCGGGGACUUGUUUACCUGGGGAGAUGGAACUCACAGCUAUGGACUCCUCGGCCACGGCAACGAUAUCAGCCACUGGACUCCGAAGCGAGUCGGGGGUCCGCUCGAGGGGAUCCGGGUCUCGUCCGUGGCGUGUGGAGUCUGGCACACGGCGCUCGUCACCUCGGCUGGCCAGCUCUUCACUUUCGGCGAUGGGACUUUCGGAGUUCUCGGCCAUGGAGACAAGCGAAGCGUGGCUCUUCCGAAGGAGGUGGAGUCGCUCAAAGGUCUCAAGACGGUGAGAGUGGCUUGCGGAGUCUGGCACACGGCGGCCGUGGUGGAAGUCAUGGUCGGGUACUCGAAUGCCGGGGGAUCGUCCGGGAAGCUCUUUACGUGGGGUGACGGAGACAAAGGCCGGCUCGGCCAUGGAGACAAGGAGCAAAAGCUUGUGCCAACAUGCGUUGCUGCGCUGGUCGACUAUAACUUCAAGCAAGUAGCUUGCGGACACACUCUCACGGUGGCGCUGACGAUCAAUGGCCGAGUUUUUACGAUGGGAAGCAGCCUCUACGGGCAACUUGGGGACGUCCGGGCUGAUGGAAAGCUUCCCGGGCUUGUGGAAGGCCGGCUGUGGGAAGCUUUUGUGGAGGAGAUAGCUUGCGGGGCUUACCAUGUAGCUGUUCUCACUGCCAAGACGGAGGUGUAUACGUGGGGUAAGGGAGCGAAUGGAAGGCUCGGGCAUGGCGACGUGAUGGAUCGAAACACGCCAACUUUGGUGGAGGCGCUGAAGGAGAAGCAAGUCAAGAGCGUGGCUUGCGGCUCGGGAUUCACUGCCGCGAUUUGCUUGCAUAAGUGGGUGUCUGGAGCGGAUCAGUCGCUCUGCUCGGGUUGCCGGCAACCGUUUGGAUUCACUCGCAAGCGGCACAAUUGCUACAACUGUGGACACGCGUUUUGCCACUCUUGUAGCGCCAGGAAGGCGCUCAAGGCGUCGCUGGCUCCGAAUCCAGCGAAGCCGUAUCGGGUCUGCGAUCCUUGCUUCGUCAAGCUCAAGAAAGGUGGCGAAGUUCUGCUUCCUGGUGGCGGUGGUGGGGCUGGAGUGCCGAGGAAAUCAAUGGUGGCGACGCAAGGACAACAAGGUGGUCGACGAGCUUCCGAAGUUCUUACUCGAGCGGAGAGGCCCGGCGAAGGGAAAGCUGCAAAGCCGCCGGUUGGAGGGAGUGAUGCGAGGAAACUAAGCGAAGGGUCUGUGAAGAAGCCGAGGAAGCUGGAGCUCCAGCCCGAGCAGCAGCAGCAGCAGCAGCAGCAGCAACCGCAGUAUCAUCUCAACCAGGCUUUGCAAUUCUCGAGCUCGGUCCAGCCGUGGGGUGCUGUGGACAUUCCCUCGGUGUUUAAUCCGUAUGCCAGCGGCGGGAGUGGCAGCAGUUUGAGACCUUUGGUGUCGGCUCUCUCGGUCCCGACUUCCAGGGUGGCUUCCAGGAGCGUUUCUCCACUCUCGAGGAGGCCGAGUCCUCCUCGCUCGGCCACUCCGACUCCGACUCUGGCUGGCCUUGCGACUCCGAAAACGCUGGUGGAUGAGCUCAAGAGGGAGAACGAUGUUGUCAACCACGAAGUUGUGAAAUUGAAAGAACAGGUCGAGGAUUUGAAUCGAAAGCUACUUCAACAAGACGCGGAGCUACGAAGGUCCGCGCAACAAGUCCAAGAGGCUCUGGCAAUCGCCGGCGAGGAGAGUGCAAAGUGCCAAGCAGCAAAAGAAGUAAUCAAGCAACUCACAGCACAGCUCAAGGAAAUGGCUGAGCGAGUCCCAGCCGGACUCCAUCGCCACAAGCAACAGCAGCAGCAACAGUUCCACCACGACCAACUUCCAAACGGCGUCCAUCCUCCGGUGACAACUCUAGACUCGCUCUCGGUCACCGAUGACGAAGGUGGCUACUCCACGGCUCACUUGAGAUACUCGCUGGGAGCUCUCACUCCAAAUCUUCGCAGCAUCGCUCCAGACACGAAUGGCCUCGCCAGUCCUGCACAGCAGCAGCAAGCUUCCAGUCGAAGGCCAAGUUUGCUCACUCGAGCUUAUGACACCGAUGGCGAGAAGACGGACACUGGAGGAGGCCCUGAGCCCGAGAACGAUUGGGUGGAACAAGACCAGCCGGGAGUUUAUCUCACACUAUGCGUGCUUCCGGCCGGAGGAAGGGAGCUCAAGAGAGUGAGAUUCAGUCGCAAGCGGUUUAGUGAGAAGCAAGCCGAGCAAUGGUGGCAAGAGAACCGGCAGAGAGUCCACGAGCAAUACAACAUUCGCAGCGUGGAUCGAACGGCCCCGGGAAACAAACUGUGAGUACGCUCAGCGUUCUAUCCCGGAAGCAAAAGGAUCUUCGUUAUUACGAUGAAACGAACUGGAGCUCUUCCUUUCAACCAUGCUAUUAAUUGUUUGAAGGUAAACUAGAACGCAUUGCUGUGAAGGAUGAUGAUUUCUUCUUCCUGUGCAGAGAAUAGAGAAAAGAAUCCAAAGAGAUACAUGUACAAAAGAGAAGAGAAGAAAGUGAAAAGAGCUCCUCCAUUUGUGUUAUGAAAUGGAUUAUUUUGUGUAAUAUAUUGAGAAAAACAAACAUUUUUUGAAUUACA